UCAACGCACUUCCGGGAGAAUAAAAAAUAUGUUUGAGGGCUGUAUUUUUCUCGCCUGGCUAUAUAUGUUACACAUAAUUGGAGCAAGUCCAAAUUUAUAAGUAAAAGUUGACCCAAACAUUUGAUAUUUGGCAAACAGUGUUCAACAGAUUUGCGCAAUGUUGUCAUGUUCUAAAAGUAAACAAAUGUGACCUAGAUUCUGACAGGUCAGUUGUAAACAAAGAUCAUCAUGACAUCCAAAACAAGUUUUCAGGAUAAAAAGGACUUUGACAAAUUCACUAAGUUUUUUAUUUAUAAAAGUGUUCAAAUCAUUGUUCAGUCACGCCUUGGUGAGAAAAUCAAAAGCCGCUCAAAGCCAUUUUCUUCUGGAGCUGAUUGGUUCAAUCUAGCAAUUACUGACAACAACGAUGUUCAGAAUGAGGCAAAGAAAGUGUUGUCUAAUCAGACAUCCACACUCGGCCAAACAGUCAUCGUUGAAAUCUCCCUACGAACAGCAGAGGGUGACACAAUGGUUCUGGAAAUCUGGCACAUUUCUCUGGAUGCCAACCUGUCAGACGCUGGCGCUAAGAUGUCCCAAACUGGCUACUACCGUAUGGGUAUUGCAUUGAAGUCUCUUCUAAACGUCACAAGGGUUACACCAGCCUACAAGCUAUCUCGAAGACAAUCUAGUAGUGACUAUGUAAUUUGCUACAGAAUCUAUCUUGGUGAACCACAUUUCUUCAUACUUGGAGAUGAUCAUCAGAAAUCUAAAGUUGGUGCAGUGCCAACACCUUAUGGCACUAUCAGCAUUAACCUUUAUUACAGAACCAAAUUGUUAAUUUCACCUCAAAAUACAAGCAAAGACACUCUGUUUGAAGUGAAAGAUGACCAUUUUAAACAAGAAUGUAGUCCAGUGCGUACUACAACUCCUAAACCCUGUGCAUUAGGCUACAAAAGUUCCAGUACGAGUGACUCGGAUACAGGUGGGGGCCACAGUGAGGAAUCCUGCACAACCACCUUCUCCACCAGUCCUUGUGAUGCCCCAAGGUCGUUGGAGAGCCCCGCCCCCCAUCACCAGUCACAGCCAAUAAAAAUACAAAUCAAGCCCACUUCACCCCCAGCUGAUACAUUUCUCGACUUCAGGACUCAGAGUGCACCAGAGAAGCAGUCAACAUACCAAGACUGUCACAGAGUCGGGGCGUUCGCCAGAAUUGCAGUGGACAAACAGGCAGAGUCAUCAGACGAUGUCCCGUUCCUGUCCUUGCUUCAACAGGUGAACAACGAGAGGGGAGAUAAAACAGAUAAGGUGGAUGGCAAAGCCCUUGAUAGUUCCAAGGGCACUUCAAGUACAAAGACAGACAGUUCGCGGGCUGACACGACAAGCGAGUCUGCACUCAGUGAGAGUAAGACGAGUACAUGCAGUCUGCACUCUGUGCCUGAUGACUUCGUCAUGGUCGAGUUGAAAACGCCAUUUGCGGGCGCAGAUGCUAACAGUGAUCUUGGGAAGUUUUACAGAGACUGUCAAAGUGCCCCGGCACUCACAUUAAGCGAGGAGGAACAUAUAAUACCCGAGACUCUGGAACAAUUAACCAAUCAGAUCGACACAUUUGAAGUUCACAUGAAGGACUUUGACAAGUUUGUGUCAGAACUGACGGAUGAUACGUUUGGUGAAACGACCUCUAUGGGCUUUGAAACCAAACAGGAAUAGAAAGAUGGGACUGCUUCAUUGAAGACUUUAGUCUGAUCUCGAGUUUUCUUCAAGAAAUAUAUAGGGAAUAUUUGUUGAGUUUCUGUGUAUGAUCUGAAUUUAUUUCACCGAGGGAUCACAGAAAGCACUUUUUUCACGAUGUAAUUUUCAGUGAUCACUCUGUGAAAUAAAUUUGCACCUACACUCAUGAAACUUUAUACAAAUGUUGGUCAUCAUGGGGAAAUUGCGCACCUGCAAUUUCGUUACACUUCACUUUGUCUUACAAGGGCUGUCACUGUAGGUGAUGAAUACCCCUGAAGUGGUAUUUGAAGUAUUAUGGACAGGUCUGUAAGUUAGGAAUGUAAUUGAUGCUUACAUCAGUAGAGGAUUAACCAUUGCAAAUACUCUUAAUAUUCCAAGUUUUGUAUUCCAUUAUUGUUAAAUAUGCUGAUUUUGAAAAACAAUAUAGUUCUAAAACUUUUUAAAGUGAAUAUUUAUUGAAGCAAUCUCUAGUCAACUUUGUAAAAUCUUUCGUUAAGUUUCGAUGCUUUAAAUGUAUUUUUUCUAUUAAUGAAAGGUACGUGUUUUUUGCCAGUCCACAUGAAAAACAGUUGUGAUUUACCUUUGUUUUUUAAUCAAAUGUAGAUCGAUAUAAAUAAAAUGUUUACUGGUGUAAAUCCUAUGAAAUAAAGCACCCACUUGUGUAGGUUUAUUUGUAUAGAGCUAUUUAAUAUUUUUGGGACCUCACAGAUUCCAAUUCGAGAAAAAAAGGCAAUGUAUGAACUGCCUGAACCUUGGCUGUGAGAGGGUGGCUAAUUCCAGGUGUAGGAUUGGCAAUUGCAUUUUGUUUGAAAAUUAUCACAAGUUAUGACAAUUGUUGCUUGGCUUUCCUUAAACUGUAUUUAUAUUUUUUGAGCUAUCAGCUCAGUGUCUAGGCACAAAUGUUUAUUAAAUUAUUCUGAUUUGUCAAGUUGAACACUGCGAUUACAUAAUUUCUGUCAAAUGAAGUUUUUUGGGGUUCAAAAGUAUUUUUAAUAAAUAUUCCGAAAAAGAAGAUAAUUGGGCACAUUUUGUCAAUGAUGUUUUAGUGGCAAGUUUAACAAUUCCACCUACACAGCCAUCAUGUUCACUGAAUGUACAAGUAAGUUUCAAAGUCUAUGUUUGUUUCUAUGGAGCCAUUCCUGUGUCUGGGGAUAUUCAUCACAACUGUGAUAGCUCUAAUUUAAAUCUGUGAUUUAUUUCAUUUGUUUGGUAGUCAAGUUCUUAUCAGUUUUUGUUAUAUGAAAAUUAAUAUUUGGCCUAAAAAUAAUUGUUUGUUUAGGGUUCCAUCCCAAAAAUUAUUAAGUAGGGAAGGUAGGGAUUUUUCUUUCCAAAUAUACUUUAUCACGAUCAUUUUCUUGCAAAAAAACGCUUUAUCUUUCAAAAUCACUCAUACUUUUCUGUUGUUAUAGAGCUUUAUUGUCUGUCAAUAAUAAUGACAGUUUAAGUUUAAACAAAAUUGUGUUUAUGUGGGAGGGAACUUGUAUUUUUUUUUAUAAAAAAUACUAGGGUCGGCGGCUUUUAUUAAGUAGUUUCGGGUUACUGAAACAAACAUUUAAUUGUUUGGCCUUAUUGAUUUUCUUGUCAUAAUUGUAAUAACAAGUUAAGUUGAAAUGAUAAUCAGAUUCUUAAGUUAGCUGUAUAUUUGUAAAAUAUUUUUCUACCAAAAAUACAUUUUCAUUAAUUUUCUGAACAGGCAAGGUGGUACAGGUAUUAACCUCUUGCUAAAGGGGUCAUACUUCAAGUCUUACUUUCUUAUGAC